UCCCCCUCCGUAGCGCUGACGUCUGCGGCGCCUCCCUGGACUCGGCUCCGGGGCGGGGCCGCAGCAGCGCAGGGGCCGCGGCGGCAUCAGCUGGGGACGGAGCGCGGCGGCGGCGGCGGCAGGAAUAGUGAAUAGCUCCAAUGAUGGAGGACGGGAAGCCUGUUUGGGCUCCCCACCCAACUGAUGGGUUUCAGAUGGGGAAUAUCGUGGAUAUUGGCCCUGACAGCUUAACUAUUGAACCGUUAAACCAGAAAGGCAAGACUUUUCUGGCUGUUAUCAACCAAGUGUUUCCUGCAGAAGAGGACAGUAAAAAGGAUGUGGAGGAUAAUUGUUCACUAAUGUACUUAAAUGAAGCUACACUCCUUCACAAUAUCAAAGUGCGGUACGGUAAAGACAGAAUUUAUACCUAUGUAGCCAACAUUCUUAUUGCAGUGAACCCAUAUUUUGACAUUCCUAAACUUUAUUCUUUGGAGACUAUUAAGAAGUACCAGGGUAAAUCCCUUGGGACAUUACCACCACAUGUCUACGCAAUAGCCGAUAAAGCAUUCCGUGACAUGAAGGUACUCAAGAUGAGUCAGUCCAUCAUAGUUUCAGGAGAAUCAGGAGCUGGCAAGACAGAAAAUACAAAAUUUGUUCUGAGGUAUUUGACUGAAUCCUAUGGUACUGGUCAAGAUAUUGAUGAUAGAAUAGUAGAAGCCAAUCCACUCUUAGAAGCCUUUGGAAAUGCAAAGACUGUUCGCAACAACAAUAGCAGUCGUUUUGGAAAAUUUGUAGAAAUCCACUUCAAUGAAAAGAAUUUGGUGGUUGGUGGAUUUGUAUCACAUUAUCUUCUGGAGAAAUCCAGGAUCUGUGUGCAAGGCAAAGAGGAGAGGAAUUACCACAUAUUUUACAGGCUUUGUGCAGGUGCUCCUGAAGAUAUUAGGCAAAAGCUGUAUUUAAGUUCUCCAGAUAACUUUAGGUAUUUAAAUCGUGGCUGCACUAGGUACUUUGCUACCAAAGACACGGACAAGCAAAUUUUGCAAAACCGCAAAAGUCCUGAGUACCUAAAAGCAGGUUCCCUGAAGGAUCCUCUACUAGAUGACCAUGGAGACUUCAACAGAAUGUGCACAGCAAUGAAAAAGAUUGGCUUGGAUGAUGAAGAGAAGCUUGAUCUUUUCCGAGUAGUAGCCGGUGUCCUUCACCUUGGAAAUAUUGAUUUUGAGGAAGCUGGGAGUACUUCAGGUGGAUGUAUUCUGAAGAACAAAUCUAGUCAGUCUUUAGAAUGCUGCGCAGAAUUACUAGGUUUGGAUCAGGAUGAUCUGCGUGUCAGCUUAACCACGAGAGUCAUGCUUACAACAGCAGGGGGCACCAAAGGAACGGUUAUAAAGGUACCCCUGAAAGUAGAACAAGCAAAUAAUGCACGUGAUGCGUUGGCUAAAACUGUAUAUAGUCACCUUUUUGAUCAUGUGGUAAACAGAGUAAACCAGUGUUUUCCAUUUGAAACCUCUUCUUUCUUCAUUGGCGUUCUAGAUAUAGCUGGUUUUGAAUAUUUUGAACACAACAGUUUUGAACAGUUUUGUAUAAACUACUGUAAUGAAAAGCUGCAGCAAUUCUUCAAUGAAAGGAUUCUGAAAGAGGAACAAGAACUUUACCAGAAAGAAGGUCUGGGAGUCAAUGAAGUGCACUAUGUAGACAAUCAGGAUUGUAUAGAUCUGAUUGAAGCAAAAUUAGUAGGUGUGCUGGAUAUUUUGGAUGAAGAAAAUCGUCUUCCACAACCAAGUGACCAGCAUUUUACUUCUAUGGUGCAUCAGAAACACAAGGAGCAUUUCAGACUAUCUAUUCCCAGGAAGUCUAAAUUGACUGUUCACAGAAAUAUCAGAGAUGAUGAGGGCUUUAUUAUCCGACAUUUUGCUGGAGCAGUGUGCUAUGAGACGACCCAGUUUGUGGAGAAAAACAAUGAUGCUUUGCACAUGUCCCUUGAAUCUCUUAUAUGCGAAUCCAAGGAUAAAUUUGUCCGGGAACUAUUUGAAUCUACCACUAAUAACAACAAGGAUCCCAAACAAAAAGCAGGAAAGCUUAGCUUCAUCAGUGUGGGAAACAAAUUCAAGACUCAAUUAAAUUUGCUCCUUGAAAAGCUUCGUAGUACUGGUUCAAGCUUUAUUCGCUGCAUCAAACCUAAUUUAAAGAUGACAAGUCACAAUUUUGAAGGGGGACAGAUUCUUUCUCAGCUCCAGUGUUCAGGUAUGGUGUCUGUUUUGGACUUGAUGCAAGGUGGCUUCCCAUCACGAGCAUCAUUUCAUGAGCUAUACAAUAUGUACAAAAAGUAUAUGCCUGCAAAACUAGCUCGACUGGACCCUAGACUUUUCUGCAAGGCACUAUUUAAAGCCUUGGGUUUAAAUGAAAAUGACUACAAAUUUGGAUUAACAAAAGUGUUUUUUAGACCUGGCAAGUUUGCAGAGUUUGAUCAGAUAAUGAAGUCUGAUCCAGAUCAUCUAGCAGAGCUGGUUAAACGAGUCAAUCACUGGCUUAUCUGCAGUCGUUGGAAAAAAGUUCAGUGGUGUUCUCUCUCGGUGAUUAAAUUGAAAAACAAAAUAAAAUACCGAGCUAGUGCCUGCAUUAAAAUACAAAAGACUAUUCGUAUGUGGCUUUGCAAGAGAAAGCACAAACCACGCAUUGAUGGCCUUGUAAAAGUGCGUACACUGAAAAAGAGACUUGAUAAAUUUAAUGAAGUUGUAAGUGCUCUGAAAGAGGGAAAACCAGAGAUGAGCAAGCAGAUCCGGGAUCUGGAAUUAUCUAUUGAUGCUUUGAUGGCCAAGAUUAAGGCCAUUGUCAUGACUAGGGAACAGAUACAGAAAGAGUAUGAUGCUCUAGUUAAGAGCUCAGAGCGGCUUCUUAGUGAGCUACAGAAAAAGAAGCAGCAAGAGGAGGAAGCGGAGAGGCUGCGACGCAUCCAGGAGGAAAUGGAAAGAGAAAGGAAAAGACGUGAAGAGGAGGAGCAACGUCGCAGAAAGGAAGAGGAGGAAAGGCGACUAAAAGCUGAGAUUGAGGCAAAGAGAAAACAGGAAGAAGAAGAGAGGAAGAAGAGGGAAGAGGAAGAAAAACGUAUUCAGGCUGAAAUUGAGGCACAGCUAGCUAGAGAGCGUGAAGAAGAGACCCAACAACAGGCAGUCCUUGAACAGGAACGUCGUGACCGUGAGCUUGCGAUGAGAAUUGCACAGAGCGAAGCAGAGCUCAUCAGUGAUGAGGCUCAACUUGAUUUAGGAUUGCGAAGAUUGGAUACUGAAGUUAUUCAGCCUGUUCCAGUAGUUGCUAAAGUCAAUGGAACAAAGCCUCAAAUGACUGCGGAACAAAUGGCCAAAGAAAUGUCAGAUGUUUUGUCUAGGGGCCCUGUAGUUCAAGCCACAAAAGCUGCGGCUGGCACUAAGAAGCAUGAUCUUAGUAAGUGGAAAUAUGCAGAACUUCGUGAUACAAUCAAUACUUCCUGUGAUAUUGAACUAUUGGCAGCUUGCAGAGAAGAGUUUCACAGACGACUAAAAGUGUAUCAUGCGUGGAAAUCCAAGAAUAAGAAACGUAAUACAGAAACAGAACAGCGUGCUCCAAAAUCAGUCACUGACUAUGAUUUUGCACCAGUUUUCAACAACUCAACUCAACAGAACCCAACAGCUCAGUUGCCUGCCAGGCAACAGGAGAUUGAAAUAAACAGACAACAGCGUUACUUCCGCAUUCCCUUCAUUCGCCCAGUAGACCAGUAUAAAGAUCCUCAAAACAAGAAGAAAGGUUGGUGGUGUGCACAUUUUGAUGGGCCUUGGAUUGCUCGACAAAUGGAACUUCAUCCUGACAAGCCACCUAUUCUGCUUGUAGCAGGGAAGGAUGAUAUGGAGAUGUGUGAACUAAAUCUUGAAGAGACUGGCUUAACUCGAAAGCGUGGUGCUGAAAUUUUGCCGAGACAGUUUGAAGAGAUUUGGGAGCGCUGUGGAGGCAUCCAAUAUCUUCAAAAUGCAAUUAAGAGCCGACAAGCUCGUCCUACGUAUGCAACAGCUAUGUUGCAAAGCUUAUUAAAAUAGUCACCUUGCACAUUGAUAUUAGAGUUGAGAACCCUUACUAUGAUAUAAAGGGAAGAGUUCCUCUAUGCAACAGAGGAUUUAAACAUUCUGUAAUUGUGUUAGAGAUGUUUAAUUUAAAGUGAACAGAUUUUAUUAAUCAUGGGAGUUUAAUUUGUACUUUUGAUGUUUAAUUUGUGUAGUGAACUCACUAAUUCUGUGGACCUCGCAGAAGUUUCAGUCAAGUAUGUUUGUUGCAUUUUCUUUAUAUGCUGCAUCCUUCUCAAAAGUUUUGGUUAUAAUGCUAACACUGUAAAAUACCACUAUUGUACUUGGAGUUUAUCCUAGUAUGUACCCUAUUACAACUUCCUUUUUAUAAAAUCCUCUUCAGAACAUGCAAGAUAGUAACCUUUCAAGGAUGGUCUACUGAAGAGGGUACAAUGUAUCUUAUAACUGGAAUUGUGAGGCCUUAGCUUCAACUUCUUCUCCAGAGAAGUUGGAGUGUACAGUACUUCUGUAUGAUCAAAGACAUGUUAUGUCCUGAUCUGAAAGCUGCUCAACAUCUGUAUGUACUGACUUUUUGAGAAACUUAUGGGAAAUCUUUGAUUUCUUACCUUGUCUCUUAGUUUAACUGACAUUGUUCUUUUAUAUGUUUUGAGAAGAGCACAUAUGUAUUUGAAGGAUUGUGUAAUAAUGGAGGGACUCAACGGAUGUGCUGCACAUUUAGGCUUGCAUUUCUCUCUCAAUUUUUUUUUAAUACAGAUUUCUUGCAAACACCAAUUAUAUUUUUCUGACAAAACUUUGUUAGGAGUCCUUCGAUAGUUAAAUUACCCAGGUAGUGUAAUUUAAAUACAUGAUGCAAAAAUUGUCUAAGAUAUCUCUUUAGAUACAUUUAAGAUUAAAGGAAAGCAUAAGGGAAAUGUGUUUUUUUUCCUUUUUUUUCUUUUUUUAAAUAGUAGUGUAGCAUAAUUAUAAUACAGAGGUCUGAAUUUUAAGAGAUCCUUUUUACUUUAAUCCGUGCACACAGAUUGUUACUUCUGUUAGAUGGUAUCAGAGUCUUGCUCAGCAACGCCGCACUGGAGUGUCUAAUUACAGUAGGCUACUUCAAAUGGCUAAAUUUUUUUGGUCAACUGUAAUAACAAACUUUUUCUUCAAUCACUCUGAUUUCUUUGUACUUCAUCUCCCUUCAGGGUUCCACCUUUAUGUAAUAGUGCCCUUGCUUCACAAGUAAAAUGCUUGUGUAUAGGAAUUAUCCAUUUCACACCAUGAAAACUGCCUUUUAUUUAUUUAUCCGGGUGUUCCUAAUGCUGGCCCUAUAUCAACAGAUUAAAACUUGAUAUUUAUAUCUCAGUGCUAGAAAUUGGAAAAACAGAGAUAUAGUUUGAUGCCUUCUAGUUAAAAUUAAAUAGGUAUCAUUUGAAAGCAAAAUAUUCUCUCUUCCGGUAGUGAAGAACAAAGCUUACAUCCUUCGGUUUACACACACACACGCGCACACACACACACACACACACCCCCUAUAUAGAUAAACUGAUUUCCUCUCUGGAUCCUAAGGUUGAAAACUUUUUUGAAAACUUUAGUUUCUAAAUUCCCUUCAUUGUGAACUUAAGAAAAGGUACAGCUGUACAGUGCAGUAAGAAAAAGUGAUGAGAACACUUCCUAACUGUCAGAGUAGAGAUUGGGUGCAUGCCACAGUCAGUCUGUUCUCAGAAAUACACUCCAAGUUGUAAUAAGUGUGAAAAUCUUUUAGUAAAGAACUAGUUAUUUAUUUAUGAAUCCACUACACAAGUGAUUGACAGUGUCUCUGAACUGAACAUUGAAAAUGUCAGUGUGUGUUUUCUUUCAAGGUAAGUAUCGCAUCACUCUUGGGUCAUGUGGUGGCAUUGGUCAGGCUCUCAAAAUGUCCUUUUUCUUCCCACACCCGACACUUUACUUAAGCAGUAAUUAUUGACUGCAGUAUGAAGGAUGCAUACAUAAGGCCCCAAUUCAGCGAUUUAUUCCAUCACAUGCAUAUAUUUAAUGACAUGAAUUCAGUGGUACUGCUUGUGUGGUUGAAGUUAGGCACUUGUUUCAGCACAUUGCUGAAUUCGGACCAGAAUCUCAGAGCCUCCAGUCACCAGAUUCUUGGAAAUCCUAAACAUUAUAAGAGACUGGAGCAUUUAAUAGACACAUUUAAGGAAGUUUUGAACUGUCUUGGAGCUCAGAUGCUCACGCUCUUCUUUUUCUAUCUGAAUUUUAGUUAUUGUCUAGUUAUGUAUAGUCUCAUGAUAUUUUUGGUACAUUAUAAAGAGUUUAAAAAAAUACAGUGUAUCAAUUUAUUCCUGAUAUUAACACAUUUAAAAGUGUUAAAUCUCUUGAUGCAUACCCAUAACUUCCCUCAAUAGUAACUAUGGUUAUACAUUGGGAGGAAACUAGCCUUUAUUAUACAGUAUGGCAUAUUUAAGCUUCUUAUGUCAGAGUAUAUUUGUAAGUCACUCAGAUAUCAUGGCAAUGGGUCUGAGAUAAGAACCAAGAAAUCUUUCUUACUUUAGUCAAAAUGGAACCACCUGGUGGCUGGAUGUUAUCAUCUGACACAUUUCCCACCUCUUCCUAUUGCUCUCGGUACUUGCUCUUGUCUUAAUUUGAGCCAGAGAAAAAUUUCUAAAGUUUGCAAUUUUCCAAUUUUGACAUGAUAGCAUGCAUUCCAGUAAAGGUCUCGGCUGGAAGUGGCUGCUGGUAGCUGAGCCUGUUAGUACAGCAGAAGUCAUUCUCAAAUCAGAAUCAAGGUUGGGGUUAAGACCACAAUCAGCUGCUUACCAGUCCUUUGCAUUAGCUGAUUGCUAAAUUUGACACUUGGUUAUCUCAUUGGUGAUAUGGAGUUAGCCUCAUUGUCAUAUGGAGAAUACAGUGUUGGCUAAUGCUGCUCCUGAUAUCUGGCAGUAAGGAGCAAUUUGAACCUGACCUGACACUUCAACAGGAAAAUGAAUAGAAAACAUUAGCUCUGUUCUAUGUGUUUGAUUUAAAAACCAAAACAAACCUGGUGUCCAGAGUAGCUGGGACUUUUCACAUGUAGCAUGUUAGUAAAUAAAAAGAAAUAAACACACAUACCAGGCUGUAUUCCUGAUCACAUGACCCAAGAAUAUGGAUCUACCUAGAAUUUUAUCAAGUCAUUAAAUACAUCCUUUUCUUUCCAGUGAUGAGAUUCUAUUUUUCUUUUUGCCACUUGCCCCCUCUUUUUUUGUUUUUGUUGUUUAAAAAUAUUUUUCAAGUAGUUUACCUAGACUGAUCUCUUAAUGAUGUACUGAAAAUUACACAAAAUAAAUACAUUCCAUGUUGAAA